UUAUUCUCAAUAAUCAGUCCUGUGAUAAUUAAUUUUUUAUUUAUCUUCCAGGAGAACUACCCGGACGCCGUUGAUUCGAUUGGCAGAGACAAAUUAGUUCGAGAUUUCUUUGCCAAUAAAGCGCUUCCUAUGAUCUCCGUAAAGUGUUCGCCUUACCAUAUUGGCUCUACAUCACUGAUCAUGGGUGAUGCUGCCCACGCCAUGGUACCAUUCUACGGCCAGGGAAUGAACUGUGGUAUGGAAGACUGCGUGGUGUUUGAUGAGUUGUUAGAGCUGUAUAAUGAUGACCUGAGUCAAGUCCUGCCAGCAUAUACGAAACAGAGAAAUCCAGAUGCAGAGGCUAUUGUCGACCUGGCUAUGUAUAAUUACAUUGUGAUGCGGGAUCUUGUCAACUCAAAACUCUUCUUAUUGAGGAAGAAAUGGGAUGACCUCUUAAGCUCCCUCUUCCCACGCACUUGGACACCUCUCUACACUAUGGUGACAUUUACCCGUGUGCGAUAUCACCUCUGUAUAGCCAAUAAGGAGUGGCAAGAUAGAGUUGUGAAUAAGGUUGUCAAGAUCGGAGGCAUACUGGGCAUUGGAUUGGGCAUAUUGUUAACCCAGACACAAGCAGUCCACCAGCUAUCAUGCACCAUAUACCAUCACAUCUGUGGCCUGGCAUCGAAAACACUGGCUCUUGCUACACAGUGAUUGGUUACGAUGACACACCACGCAAUUGGCUUGUUAGUGUGGCAUAUUGCUGUUACUGAACUGAUUUAUUAAUGUUGUUACAGGAAUUGUAUGCAUAACAUUGAACAGAAAUGUAUAACACAGAUGAAAUAUGCAUAACAGGGAACAGAUAAGCAUAACAAAGUACAUAUAUGCAUUAGAGAGUAAAUAUAUGCAUAGCAAAGUACAUAUAUGCAUUAGAGAGUAAAUAUAUACAUAGCAAAGUACAGCUAUGCAUUACAAAGUACAUAUAUGCAUUAUAAAGUACAGCUAUGCAUUACAGAGUACAAACAUGCAAAUAGAAUGGAAUUAACGACAGCACAAUCCCAAUAAGAACUUCAUUGUGUUAAAUAUUCAAUAAUAAUUACUACAUAAACCUUAAACAUUUAUAAAUCGACAAUAAAAUAAGGCGGUGUUUACCCAUUAAUAUCUGGUGUGUGUGAACGUAUUUAUUAGGAUUAAGUGAUGAUUCGGGAUUCCAGCUUAUUUGACACUAAGAUUAACCCUCUCAAAGCUUACCUAAUCCAACCUAAUCCAACCUAACCUAAUCCUAACCUAAUCUAACCUAAUCCAACCUAAUCCUAGCCUUAUCUAAAUCCUAAUUCAUUCCUUAUCAAAAACAAUUAUAUUCUAAGAACUAAUCUUUUUUAAUAUACAAUAAUAAUAAUGAAUAAUAAUAAUAAUGCGAGUUUUUACUAAUUAAUUAUAUAUACUUACUAGUUAUGAUAUUUUUGCUUAUUAUAUAAAUGUCAGGAAAGUCAAAAAAAUGGUUACAAAAUCCAGUACCAUUAUCUAUAAUAACUUAGGUAUAAUGAGGUGUAUAAUGACUUAGGUAUAAUGAGGUGUAUAAUAACUUAGGUAUAAUGAGGUGUAUAAUAACUUAGGUAUAAUGAGGUAUAUAAUAAUUUAGGUAUAAUGAGGUAUAAUUAUAUUUUUCAUGUCAGAUUUUCAAAGAUUUUUUUACCAUCUGGGUUUUUAUGUUAAUUUAGCCUUUUAUUGAUGUUACUGCUCUAAGGGUUAUGUCAUAAUAAGAAUAUGUGUUAA